AUGCCUCUCAACAACCAGAUUGGAAUUUCUCUGAUAGCAUUUUGCAGUAGAAAUCUCCUUAUAAAUGCCAUCCUGACAUUUCAAUAUCACUGGUAUGUUCGAUAUUGUAAUCAAACAGACGAGAUUGGUAAUAAUGGUAUAAGAGAGUGGUGUUUUAAUUAUUUAAAUGUCUUUUUCGAUAGAAAUAUGCAUUCUAUACCUUUUACCGCUGAAGGUGUAGGAGAUUUUUGUAAUACAAUAGCAGUGAUAAUAACUUUUGAUAAUAGAUCGGCAGCAUCUGAUAAUGAUAUUAAGCUUGAAGAGGAAAUUGCAUUUUGUUUACAAAUUCUAUUUACAAAUUUAAUGCUAGGAAUAGUUUUAAAGACUAUUACUAUGGAUAAGUAUAAACAGCAACAACAAAAUGGUAAGACAGCAGCUUUUUUAUUAUACGUAGAUGAAACAAACAAGUUGUGA